UGCGUGGGAACCAGCUGUGGUUCGACCCCCUCCUUUCCAUCAAAAGUCGACCAUGCCCCCUCCCGCGACUCCGUCUCGUCAGCGAGCCAGUUGGGGCAACGUCGUACGAUGUGCUCGUAGUGUACGCCUGGAGUAGGAGCCGAUUGGUUGAGGAAAAUGAGUACAUCGCCGUCAGCCAAUCAGGCAAGCGAUACCUCAGUCGGCUCCACUCGUCAGCAAAUCCACCACCCAACGCCAAAAUGAGCAGAAAAUUCUUCGUCGGAGGAAACUGGAAGAUGAACGGCGACAAGAAGAGCCUCGGCGAGCUCAUUCAAACCAUGAACAGCGCCAAGGUGGAUCCCAACGUCGAGGUGGUGUGCGGCGCCCCAUCCAUCUACUUGGACUUUGCCAGGUCCAAACUGGAUCCCAAAUUCGGCGUGGCCGCCCAGAACUGCUACAAGGUUGCCAAGGGGGCUUUCACUGGGGAGAUCAGCCCUGCGAUGAUCAAGGACUGCGGCGUCCACUGGGUGAUCCUGGGACACUCAGAGAGGCGCCAUGUGUUCGGAGAGAGCGAUGAGCUCAUCGGGCAGAAGACUGCUCACGCGCUGGAGAACGGCCUCGGCGUGAUUGCCUGCAUCGGCGAGAAGCUGGACGAGAGGGAGGGAGGAAUCACCGAGAAGGUCGUCUUCGCUCAGACUAAGGUCAUCGCAGAUAAUGUUAAGGACUGGAGCAAAGUGGUGCUCGCUUAUGAGCCCGUGUGGGCCAUCGGCACCGGCAAGACCGCCUCCCCACAGCAGGCUCAGGAGGUUCACGAGAAGCUGAGGGCGUGGCUUAAGACCAACGUGUCGGAGGCAGUUGCCAACUCUGUGAGGAUCAUCUAUGGAGGUUCCGUGACCGGCGGCACCUGCAAGGAACUGGGCUCACAGAAGGACGUGGACGGUUUCCUCGUUGGUGGCGCCUCCCUCAAGCCUGAAUUCGUCGAUAUCAUCAACGCCAAGAUGUGAAAAAAAAAUCUGACGAUCCAUCGAUUCUGCACUUAGUUCACCCCCAUUUCUUUUUUUAAAAACAAAAUUAAAUGUUCUUGCGCAGUGCCCUUCUUGUAUUUGGGUGUGUCUAGUCUUGAGGAACAGGAGUGGAGCGGGUUGGCACAUGCACUGAAAACUUCUUUGUGCGCUUAACACUGCCACCACAAGCUGUAAAGACUGACCAUCAUGCCUUUACUUGAACUUUUACCAGCCUGUGUCUCACUCAUAUUAAAUGUCUCCCGUGUGUUUCUAAUGCUGCGCCUGUGGCUUUCACCUCCCCGUAGCUGUGCAUGUGUCACGCUCUCAUCGGCGUAUCCAUUACGUGUCCGGUCAUGUAUUGUCGCCGCCGGUGGUAUUUGAGGAUGACUGUGCUGUAAGGAACAUAAUAAAUGGUUUAGAGACUGA